AUGGCCCAGCAAAUGCAACCAAUCUACCAGGGACAACGACCACCAUACAACGAUUCCAUACUCACCAUUACAAAGAGAAGCUGUGCUGAUCCUUAUGUACUAUGGGACAAGGGCACUUACUACAUGACCUUUACGUGCGGCGGGCACGUUGAGAUUUGGUCUGCAGAUUCGCUAUUCGAUUUCGAAGAGCGCUCCAAAAAGACGGUUAUAUGGCGGCCGCCGCCCAACCAGCCCUACUCGGGUGAUAUCUGGGCGCCAGAACUACAUUCCAUCCAAGGACGCUGGUACGUCUAUUUUGCUGCCGACGACCCAAAGUACGGCAACAAAUCCCACCGCAUGUUCGUUCUCGCGGGGCCCCCCUCCGACGAAGACCCCUUGGAACCCAGCAAGUGGAAUUUCUUCGGCCGUCUCGCAGGACUCCCCGAAGACCAAUGGGCCAUCGACGGCACAGUCAUAUACCUACACGGCUCCAUGCUCUUCGUGUAUUCCGGCUGGCCCCUCGGCACCCAAGCCGACGAGUCGCGUCAGGAAAUCUUCAUUAUCGAAAUGGUAUCCCCGACCGAAUGCACCGGCCACCCCAUCCGCAUCAGCACUCCAGACUUGCAAUUCGAGUUCUCUGGCUCCAGCGGCAUAAACGAGGGUCCGCAGUUCCUCGCUUCCCCCGAUGGCCGCUGGAUGGGCAUCGUGUAUAGCUGCGCAGGCAGCUGGACGCACGAGUACAAAAUGAACGUCCUGUAUUACACGGGAGGCCACCCGCUGGAUCCGCAUUCCUGGGCGAAAUCAAACGUCCCCCUCCUCAAAGCUGCGCGCGAUGAUUCACCCCCGUAUGGACCCGGUCACGGCAAUUUCGUCCUCGUGAAUGGACCCGGUGGGCCAGAGGUCUGGGGCGUGUUCCAUGCUACGGAUGCGAAGACCGGGUGGGAAGGACGGAAAGCACGGGUUAUGCGGGUGGGAUGGGGGAAUGGGGGGCCGUUUAUGGGGUCUGGUGAGUGUGGGAGGUGUUGUGGUGAGGUUCAGCAUUUUAUCCAGGGAUGCCCCGGGGGUACGUGUGGGGGGCAGGGUCAUUGUGGGGGGGAAGGAGGUGCCGGUGGGGGGUUCAUGGAGCCGGGGAGGCAGGGGGGUCAUUCGACGGAGGAUUUGAAGAGGGAGGUUAAGAAUCUUGUUAAGGGGGGGAAGGGGUUGAUUAGUAAGUUUUUGAAGUGA